AUGAGGACGAGGAACCUCCCGUACCCAGCCGAAAAGGUCUGGGUGGACAAGCACAAGUAUGACGAAGCAGAGCGUCUGCACUACGAACGAGAAGCAACGCUGGCAGCCUCAGCCCCAGAAAGAUGCCCGGAAGUGGAAGUAGAGGUGGAGGCGGUGAAUGGGGUGUGCCAUGAAGAUUCGGCGGAGAGCGACUUGAAAGGAGACCUGAAAAGAGCCAGAAAUGGGAAGAAGCAAAAGAAAAGGAAGCGCUCGCCAAAAGCAAAGGGCUCUGUCUCCAAGGUAGACUUUGUGCUGACGGGUCUAUUAGCCGAUCGCGUGUGGUUCGAGAAGCCUUUCUUUGAUCGUGCCGAAAACGCGUACAGAAAGAAACUCGCGGAUGACUUCAGCCAGGCGGCUUCGGAGACGGAGCUGGCUGUUGAGCCGUCCGCGUUGGCGCCCUGGGCAGAGGCUGUCCAGGAAGUUUCUACAGGCAGGAGAAACCUGGCCGCCUUGCACUGCACCCAUGGCAGCCUGAUUGCUUGUCAUCACAUCAUUCAGGACAUCUGGAUCAACAAGUUUGACUUUGAUGAUGCCGAGAAAGCGUUUGUUGAAAGGUCUCAGUCUUUUGUUCCUCCGCACUUCCUAGACCUCCGAUCGAACAGCGGCACUAGUAACGCGGGGCAAAGAACGCCAGACGAAGGCUACGUUACAGCCCUGCCUACCCCUGCCACGCCAGGCCUGCCUGCAGAUGUGGCUCCAGCUGCCUCUUUCGUCAGCCACCUCGCCUCUUUCGUCAGCCACUUACCCAGUCCUGGACACCAGUCCGUAAAAGGGAAGCCGCUGAUGUCGAGCCUGCAAGCUUUGAUGUCGGAGGUGUGGCUGGAGAAACCGCUUUACGACGAUGCCGAGAAGUGCUUCUACGAGAACAUGUUUGAUGGGCAUCCUCCUGGAAAAGUGAGGCCGCAGGAACAGGGCCGCCCGGAGGCCUUGAAGCAGAGCCGGAAGGAUAAGAAAAGCGGUAGCAUUGGGAAACGAGCAGGGGUCAAACGCGUGGAGAUCAUCGCCGCCAACUCUUCCCUUCCUAGAGAUGCCAAACAACCUUCCCCAACCCGGUUCCUGCUGCAUGAGGACAGCGAGUCUUUGUGGCUUAAUAAACCCGCCUACGACAGCGCCGAGGCACGAUACUAUGUGUCCGAGGCCUCGAGAAUGGCGAGCAAAGAGGAGGAAGCCCGGGUCCAUAAGUGCACGCUACCCAAACCGUCUCGACCUGCGCCCGGUGCCUCAAGCUCGCCCGCAACAGAAAUUAAGCCCACGUCUUCAUUUUGUCCCAUCUCUCUCUGCAGAGAAAUGGCAGCCAACUUCCUCAUGCAUGAGAAGAUCUGGUUUGAUAAGUACAAGUAUGACGAUGCUGAGCGGAGAUACUACGAGCAGAUUAACGGACCGGUUGCCAGCUCUUCAUGCCAGCAGGAGAACGGAGCCAGCACGAUCCUACGUGACAUUGCCAGAGCCAGGGAGAAUAUCCAGAAGUCACUGGCCGGAAGUGCAAGCACAACCUCUGCCGCUGGCCCCAGCGGUGACCAAAGUGAGCUCAUCUCCCGGAUUUCCAGCCUGGAGUUGGAAAACAGAAACCUUCGCAGCGUUGUUGCAGAUCUCCAGCACGCUAUCUCCAAGCUGGAAAGUCGCCUGAGCACCCUAGAAAGAAGCUCUACUUCUCACCAGUCCUCAGCACCACUACCAACCCAGCAUGUCACCCCCAUGAAGAAGGUGGAACCACUGUCUGUUUCCUCCAAGAAAGUGGAGCUGCCUUCUGCACUACCUGCAAGGAAAACUGCUGAGCCCGCUGCUGCUGAUGAGGAUGAGGACGACGAUGACAUCGACCUCUUUGGCAGCGAUGAUGAAGAGGAAGACCAGGAGGCUGCCAUGGUCCGGGAAGAGCGACUGCGUCAGUAUGCAGAAAAGAAAUCCAAGAAGCCGGGCCUCAUUGCCAAGUCUUCCAUCCUCCUGGAUGUCAAGCCUUGGGAUGACGAAACGGACAUGGCGAAAAUGGAGGAGUGCGUGCGCUCCGUUCAGAUGGACGGCCUGGUGUGGGGAGCCUCCAAGCUGGUGCCGGUCGGCUACGGCAUUAAGAAGCUCCAGAUCCAGUGUGUGGUGGAAGAUGACAAGGUUGGGACAGACAUACUGGAGGAGGAGAUCACCAAGUUUGAAGACUAUGUCCAGAGCGUCGACAUUGCUGCUUUCAACAAGAUCUAAGAGCAAACCUUUAUCCUUUCUGAAACCGGCACGAAUAAAGAUCAAGGUUUCGAGUGCA